GCAUUUAUUUAUACUUAAGUCCCAGUAGUAAAACGUCAUGACACAAUCUAGCUAUAGUUUAAAACAGUUCAAUCCAUGUAUACGAUGGCUGCAACACUAUCACUGGCUAUAGUGAUUAUUUUAUACUCUCAGCAAUAUUGUGGAAUGUGCAGUACAACCAGAUAUGGGGAAAUUGACGUUGCUUUAUAUAGGUUAAAGCUUGUUUCUAACCAAACUAAAUAACUAAGCCUAAGUUAGUAAUUAGUGGGCGUGGGACUCAGUUAAAUAAGUUUUAAGUAAAUCAUAAUUAAGCAGUAGACUACUAAGUGAGUAGUAGAAGAGGGAGGCCUAAGCCUGCUAAGAAGAGCUGUUACACUUACAGGCAAAAAUCUGCGCCUGGGGAUAGGCUGAAUUUCAAAUUCAAAGUAUUAAGUAUAAAUUACAUAUUUUACAUGAAUUUAAAAAAAAUAUGGUUAAUGUGAAGAGAUAUCUCCGUGUUUUUUAUCAUGACUGUGAAGUGUCAACCAAGAUGGCGGUCAAAAAGUAGUGCAAAACACGUUAUGAAACGACUGGGGAGGGGAGACCCCUCCUCAGGCCCUUCCCCCCACUUUAAAUACCAAAGUCAGAAACAAAUAAAUUAUCUGGGGAGGGGAGACCCCUCCCCAGAAACCCUACCCAAUUAAAAAAAAAAAAUAAGAUAAGAAUCAAUCCCUAAACCUAACCCAAAGCCUAAAGCCACAAGUAAAAACACAUGGAAUUUACACACUGUGGCAGUGGCAUAAACUAUGAAAAUGCAAAAAAGAAAAAAAAAAAAAAAAACAAAAAAAAAAAAAAAAAAAAAAUGGCCAAAAAUAAUUACAACACAAAGAAAUAAUGAAAAACCAACUUACAGUUUCAUGAAAUACACUUUCACACACUUUAUUUCAGGUUGCACCGAAAAUAAUAUGCACAAAUGAAUAGAGCACAACAGCUGGCAUUAGACCAACAUGUAGUAAAUAUGGCGGCACAAAUAAAAUAUGAUAAUUAGCCAACCAAUGAUAAUUUAAAAUUACAAUUAAUCAACCAAUUAAAAUUUUAACACAAAACAUGUCAUCAGCACUUCCUCCAAUUAAAAUAAACAAUAAAAUAAACAAAGGGGAAUGACUCCUGAUCAAAAAUUGAAUAAACACGCAAAUGACGUCAUGGAGAUAUAUCUUCUCAUUAGCCGCAAGCCAAAAAUACAUUUGCCAUACUAUGAAUAGCUUUCCGUUUUACAUGGCCUUGCACCUUUAGCUAAAGUGGCAUAAACUAUACUGCAAGAGAAGACUCCUUGCCCUUGCCUUUCAUAAACUAAAAACAAAGAGACACAAAUACUGAAAAAUGGAUUUGCAUAUUCACACUCAUAAUAUUAAUAGUCAUGCCCAUAGACCAUUGAAAGCAUUUCAAGUCUUCUUUCCUGAGCUGGCCUCCUUGUAAUUAGUACCGGUAUCAAAAUGUAAAUAGUAAAAUAGUUGAGAAACCUUUUUGAAACCAAAUCUGGCCAUUAUGAUUAUUGAACCCACAACAUUACUUUAUAAACAUAAAGCUCUAGCUAAAUGAGCUUAUCAGCCAUUACAUGCAACCUUCUGGGUGUAAUAUUAAAUAAAAUGUAUGCUGUUAUUAAUUAUGUAUCUAAGCUAUGAAUAAUCAUAGUUUUCUAUUUAUAAAUGGACACAUGGUUUUUAUAAAACCGAAUCUGUCAAAUGUUCUAAAUCUAAUUCUGCCUAAAUAAAUAAACAAUGUAUGUUUGGAGAAAAAGAAGCAUUAGUGCAUUUAGUGGUAACUGUUCAGAAAUUGCUACUACUACAAACAAAAUUGUAUGUAUUUUAUUAUAAAAAAAACAACAACAGAUAAUUUGAAAUGGGACUAGACAAAACAAUUAUUCUAAUGAAAAGGUAUAAUAAGUGUGUUAAGUGUAGAGAAUAAAAACUUCUUGAUUUAUAAAUUUUAGAGUUAUAUAGUUAUUAGCUGUACAUUUUUCUUUGCAAAUUUUCAGUCAUAUAUUCAUGUGAUAAGUUAAAUGAUAUUGCUGUUACCCAGAUGUUUUCAUAAGUCUACUGUUUUGGACUUAAGCUAAUCAAAACUCUAAUUUCUCUAAGAGUCUUUUAUAUGUAGAAAAAACAAAAAAACUGCCUGUACAAUUGUGCUAAAUAGGAACACAACUGCAUAUAAUCUGAAAUGGCAUUGCUGUUCCAAAGGUUUUCUCUCUUGAAAACAGCAUUUAUUUCAGACUGACAUACAUAGAGAAUUAUGAGUUUUGAUGAUGAGAAUUGAGAAUAACAGAGGUAUUAUUUAAAGAUUUAAAUUGUUUUUUUAUUUUCGGGCAAUUUCAAUUUUUGUUUUAUAUUUUAGAAAAUUUAGUUAAAAAACCACAUGUCCACUGAGCACUCAAAUACAGACUUAUCUUUAUCACAUAAAAUGAUUGCCAAUUUUUUAAAUUUAUUGGUUAUCAUAGGUUAUAAUUUAUUAUAUUUUGUUUAAUCAUCAGAGAAAAAGUCAAGCGUAUGUUUUAUCAUGCCUAUGAAGGAUAUUUAAAUCAUGCAUAUCCAUAUGAUGAACUACAACCUUUAACCUGUGGUGGCCAUGACACUUGGGGCAGGUUUGUGAAAUGUAUUUUAAAAAAAAAUAAGUUUACAAAUAUCUGUUGUACUAGACUCAUACAUGGCCACCAGCCCCCUAUUGGUAUUAGUUGGUAUAAUUGAGAAGACUUAUUGUGUAUUGUAAUCAUUUAAACAUAAUUUUGUAGAUAGAAACAUACAUAUUUUCUUAUAUAUUUUCAUGAGCAGCUGCACAUCUGGUAUAACUGAGAAGAAUUAUAAAAAUAAGUAUACAAAUAUAUGUAGUACUAGACUUAAAAUUAAACAUAUACAUCAGGCCCCCUUUUGUAUUAGUUGGUAUAAAUAAGAUGACUUAUUGAGUAAUGUAAUCGUUUAAAAAUAUUUUUGUGAAUAAUUCUGGUGCAUAUAAAUAAUAAAUGUCCCUAUGAAAUGGGAUUUUGGUUGGUAAUUAGGAACCACUGUACCCCUUUUUGUUAGUUCCUAAUGCUGCUGGAUAAUGAAUUAGAUCCUUCAGUACUGGAAGAUUCUCCAGGGAAUUGAAACUGUUACUCUAAAUAGUAGUUAGCUGAUCUGCUGUCAAUGACCAUAAGGAGGAGAUGCGUUUAGAUUUGUAACCACUUCUUGACAACUGAAUGGCUUAAAUAAAGAGUAAUACUAAGUCCUAUCCUUAACACAUGAUAACUGUAACUUUUCUUGUUAUUUGUUUAGCUAUUCCCUGACUUUGAUAGAUGCCAUGGACACUUUGGCAGUCAUGGGGAAUUACUCUGAAUUUAGGAGGAUAGCUCAUAUUCUCAUUGACAAGGGCGAGAGCUUCUUUGACAUAGAUAUCAAUGCAUCUGUGUUUGAGACUAAUAUUAGGAGUAAGUCAGUUUCAUUUGUUAAACCCAUAUGCACAUUUGUUCAUUUUAUGAUUUAUAAUCUUUGAAUAGAAUGAGAAGUAAUAAAAUAAUCAAACAACUUUUUCAAACUGACUGGACAGACUUCAUCAUGGAAAUAAUUUAUAAUAAGACAAACUUUAUCUUUGAAAUAAUUUAUAAUGACAAACUUUAUCUUUGAAAUAAUUUAUAAUGACAAACUUCAUUGUUGAAAUAAGUUAAAAUAACAAUAUUUGUGUAUAGUAAUAUAUAUUAUUUUAGUUUUUGAAAUAGUUCAUCCCCUAUGAGUUAUUUGAAAUAGAACAUUUAAUUGGCUUAUGUAUGAUAGAUGGCUAAACACCGGCUACACACGUAACCAGCAUAGCAUGAUUAUUGUGUCUUAGUUGUAGGUGGCCUGAUUUCUGGUCAUUUGCUAAUGAAGAGGGCCGGGAUGGUGUUGGAACCAGCCUGGCCAUGUUCUGGCCCCUUGCUGAGAAUGGCAGACAACAUUGCUAGGAAAAUCUUACCAGGUAAGAAAUUUUUUUUUUUAGUCUCACUUUGUAUAGAAAAUAAUAUAAAAGAAAUAUUCUAAAAUCAAGGAUGAGUAAUAAAUUAAUUACAAAGUGACCAAAAUGUAGACAAAGGUAACAAAGAACAGGAUAAUGGAUGUGAAUGAUGCUUAGCUAGAGGCCAGUCCAUCUUUAAAUGAGGCUGGCUUUUCAAAACAUUAGGAACACCAUUUCAUUUUGAUUCAUUUAAUCUUUGGGCCAAUAAUGUGAACAAUCUUUUAAAAUUAACAACUGUAGUCAAGGCAGACCAGCGUGUAUGUGGGGCAGUAGGAUCAUGAGGCAUUAAAUGUAGUGCUCGAUGGCAGAGUGGUCUAAAUUGAAUCAAUCCCAAGCUAGUGGCUGGAGUUCCAUCUCCAACAAAAGCUAAAACAUCACCAGCACUCCGGGUAAAUGAGACUCGUUAAUCUUGGACGGCAACUCAUCUUAAAGAAGGCAAACUCUUGGAGAUGAAGUCCCGUAUAGAGCACAGUGAAACACACAAGACACACUGCUGGUCAUCUACUGCAUCCUAGCCUAUUUUUCGGGUGUCUUGACCAAGUCUUACCAUUAGAUCAAAUAGGCAAUGAUGAUAGACGCAGGCUGACGAAUUGAGCAACUCUUCCUCACUUUAAAAUAAAACACAGAUACUACUCAAGUUGAAAAUUGCCUUGGUAAUCUUUGCGCAAUAAAAAAUAAAAUUAUUUGGCAUUGAAUGUAAAAACAAUUUGAAUUUAUAAAAAAAAAAAGUAAUUCUUGUUUUUAAAAAGCCUAAUUAUUUGUGUUAUUCUUAUGUUAUCUUUUGUAGUAUUUAAUACAAAUUUAAUUUUGGAAGAUUUCAUUACUUAAUUAAGAGUUACCAAACUUCAUAAUAUCAUUGCUAGUUCCCUUGUGUACUUUUAUCAAAGCAUUUGAUACACCAACUGGAAUGCCGUACGGGACAGUCAAUCUCCGACACGGUGUACCCAAAGGAGAGACAACUGUGACUUGCACUGCAGGGAUCGGGACGUUUCUUAUAGAGUUCGGAACUUUGAGCCGCCUGACUGGGGAUCCUAUUUUUGAAAAAACUGCAAUUCGAGCCAUCAGAGCUCUUUGGAAAUUCAGAUCUCCCCUCGGGCUGGUAAGAUGAGACUGAUGUAUCAUCAGUUUUUUUUACAAAUUCAAAUAUCGUUAAGUAGUUUGGUUGUUUUGUUCUAGAGAAAUGUGGGUUUCUCAGUUUUAGCAUUUUCAUAGCUUUGAUUUCAGCUGUAGAAAGUCUAUCUAGGAUUCUAUCUACCCAUCUUGUAGAGCCACUGCUGCUUGGGGGGUGAUACUUUCCUCGUGGGCUUUGUGCGGCCAACUCUAUGAGGAUUAGAGUGAUGAUACCAGGCCUAGAUGAGGUGUUUUAGGAAACAAGCAAGUUUAUCCUGUACAAGGAACAGAACAAACGUUAGUCAUAGUCAGGUGUUCAGCCAAACCAAAAGCCCACAUCACCUAUCUUUGGGAAGGCUCACAGAAAGACCGAAGUAUUGAUAGUAAAUAAAUCAAACCCAUCUUACUGGUAUAACAUGCACCAGGCUAUCUUACUGGUAUAACAUGUAUCAGGAUAUCUUACUGGUAUAACAUGUAUCAGGAUAUCUUAGUGCAAAGGUAUGACAAUUAGUUUCUGUCAUAUUUUCUUUAAAUGUCAUAAACAUAUUCAAAAAUUAUCUUGAAUUUAUAAUGAAAUCAGUUGAAUUCAUUUACUAUCUGGUUUACUGCUGCUCCUAUAUAUGUGAUGUAACAUUUAGUAACAUAGUCAUAGGGCAGAUUAAAGUUGUGAAUCAUAUUGAUGUACGUAAUGAGGUUUAAUGUAAAUCUAUUACAGCUUGGCAAUCAUAUUGAUGUCAGCAAUGGUAAAUGGACUGCCAUGGAUUCAGGAAUAGGAGGGGGUAUUGACUCUUAUUUUGAAUAUUUAGUGAAAGGAGCCAUCAUGUUCAACAUACCAGAGCUGCUUCAUAUGUUCAGAGGUAAGAGCUCAGUUACUUCAUAUGUUCAGAGAUAAAACCUGGCCUUCUUUCAUAUGUUCAGAGAUAAAACCUGGCCUUCUUUCAUAUGUUCAGAGAUAAAACCUGGCCUUCUUUCAUAUGUUCAGAGAUAAAACCUGGCCUUCUUUCAUAUGUUCAGAGAUAAAACCUGGCCUUCUUUCAUAUGUUCAGAGAUAAAACCUGGCCUUCUUUCAUAUGUUCAGAGAUAAAACCUGGCCUUCUUUCAUAUGUUCAGAGAUAAAACCUGGCCUUCUUUCAUAUGUUCAGAGAUAAAACCUGGCCUUCUUUCAUAUGUUCAGAGAUAAAACCUGGCCUUCUUUCAUAUGUUCAGAGUUAAACCUGGCCUUCUUACAUAUGUUCAAAGAUAAAACCUGGCCUUCUUUCAUAUGUUCAGAAAUAAGAUCAUUUUAUUGCUAUAGAAUGCUAUAAAAAUUCUCAAACUACAGAAAGUUGACACAAGAUGUAUUGUCAACUUUAUGUUUUCAAGCGAGACAACUCCAUGUCUUUUAAUAGUUUAUUUUCUGCUGAUAGCUCAGUAUUUUCUUGUUCCUACACAGGUCAGCUCCACUCCUCUGUCUUCUUCUCUGACCUCUCACAUGACUUGCCCCUUAUAAGCCUGUCUGGAAUUCAUUGCAGCAUGUUCUGAUUAAGAUCUUGCUUGCUCAAGUAUUACUGUAAAGCGUUAGCAUUUCACAUUUAUUUUUGUUGUACUGUGUCCUUCUUCUUUCUAUUUCAUUAUGUCACAUGCUGCUAAAAGAUGGCUGCUGAUUUCACAUCAAUGUUCUUCUGCUUUUAUAACCUCCCUCGGCGCCACCUCAGCAUUUGACCGUCUGCCGAGCUUCAUGGUAUUCUUUAAUGAAAUGAAGCACCCAGUGAGAAGCUUUAUUUCAUGAAAUGGUGCAAGGGGUGGAGUUGGGUGGAUGGGGUGGGCAAGGACAGCUGGGAUUGAGUUGUUCACAGUUUGAUUAACUAGAGGUCAAUUUUUUUUACUCUCUUGUGUUUGGACCAGUGAUUAAGACUGGGGCACUGUAGUGUGCUGACCUUGUGUCCUACUGAUACUGCGCCAUAGAUUCUGACACUCAUCCUACCAAAGAAUAGAGAGAUUUACCUGCACUAAGUUUAUAUCCCCAUUUAAGCGCAAAAGUUGUUACGAUUCUAUAAUCCGAGGAUCCCCUUUAGUUAACUACAGACACUAAGUGUAAGCUUGCAGAUCUUUGUACAGGUUGUUUAAAGCCAAUCUUCAUUCAUUUUUACACAGCUCAAAAUGGUCAGGCAGACCAAGUUUAAGAACCUCUAUACUACUCCCCCUUUACUUCAAAAAUCUUAGAUCAUCAUAUUUUAUAUAUUCUUUCUUUCGUAACUGAUUGCAACAUACAUUUCUCAAAGCUAUUGUUUCUUAAAAGUAUCUAGUUACAAAUAUUUUCGACAAGUCACAAUUACUAAAUUUAAAUGUUUCCAACCCUUCUAGAGUAUGAGGUGGCAAUAAAAAAGUAUGUGAAGAAAGAUGACUGGUAUAUGUGGGCACAGAUGAACAAAGGGGGCAUAACGCUACCUUUGUUUACUUCCCUUGAUGGAUUCUGGCCAGGCAUUCAGGUAGUUCCCAAUAACGUCAAGUUUGUAGUUGUGUAUAGAUGUGUGAAGUGGUGUAUAGAUGUUUAAAGUGGUGUAUAGAUGUGUGAAGUGGUGUAUAGAUGUUUAAAGUGGUGUAUAGAUGUGUGAAGUGGUGUAUAGACGUUUAAAGUGGUGUAUAGAUGUGUGAAGUGAUGUAUAGAUGUUUAAAGUGGUGUAUAGAUGUUUAAAGUGGUGUAUAGAUGUGUGAAGUGGUGUAUAGAUGCUUAAAGUGGUGUAUAGAUGUGUGAAUUGGUGUAUAGAUGUUUAAAGUGGUGUAUAGAUGUGUGAAGUGGUGUAUAGCUGUUUAAAGUGGUGUAUAGAUUUUAAAGUGGUGUAUUUAGUAUGUGUUACAAACCUCUUCUUAGUUAAUAGGUUUGUUGGCUUCGUUAUCUAGGGGUUUAUUAUAAACACUUCAAAACUAUAAAUUCUUGUAUAAAAUAUCUUUAUUCAUCAAACUAAGUCCUCAACUGCCAUUUCCGUACUCAAAAGAACAACAUUCUACCACCAUCUACCAUACUAAUACGUCAUAUCCCUUUCUACACAAUACGUCACAAGAUACUAAGAAUAACAGAUAAAACAACGCACAUAAUCUCAAACCAACACGCAAUCACACUAUACACUCAAGUCCCUAACAGUAUGUAGUAUGGGUGGUUUGUACUCCCUUGUCAUAUUUCGGGGAAAAAUAAGUAUGAGACUGGUAAAUCUAGGAGAGAUGGGCCACUAGGAGAGAUGGGGCACUAGGAGAGAUGGGCCACUAGGAGAGAUGGGGCACUAGGAGAGAUGGGUCACUAUUAGAGAUGUGCCACCAGGAGAGAUGGGUCACUAGGAGAGAUAAGCCACCUAGAGAGAUAGACCACUUGGAGAGAUGGGUCACUAGGAGAGAUAAGCCACCUAGAGAGAUAGACCACUAGGAGAUGGGCCACUGUAAGAGAUGUGUCACUAGGAGUGAUGGGUCACUAGAAGAGAUGAGCCACUAUGAGAUGGGCCUCUAGGAGAGAUUGGCCACUAGGAGAGAUGGGCUACAAUGAGAUGGGCCACUAUAAGAGAUGGGUCACUAUGAUAGAUAGGCCAAAUGAUAUUGGCUGCUAUGAGAUGGGCCUCUAGGAGAGAUGGGCCAUUAUGAGAGAUGGACCACUAGGAGAGAUGGGCCACUGGAAGAGAUGGGCCACCUGGAGAGAUGGGCCACUAGAAGAGAUGGGCCACUAGGAGAUGUCAGUAUAUGCAACCCAUUAUCUUUAGAAGUCCUAUAGAAAUCGCUGGUACAAAUCUAUAUUAUCUAACAUUUCUCUUGAGUUGUUUCCAUGCCAAGUUUCAUCUUUUCCUGUGUCCACAAUUGAACAAUGCUGCUCUUUCUAAUACAUUUUAUCUUUUUUUUUCUUUCAAUGUCAAGGCCAUGUUGGGAGAUUUAAACCAAGCGAUGAAGACUAUGCAUAAUUUCCACCAAGUGUGGCGCCAGUUUGGAUUCACACCAGAAUACUACAACAUUCCUAAAGCGGAAGCUCAUCAGGGGAGAGAAGGAUACCCUCUUAGGCCUGGUAAGCGCAUAGGAAUGCUUAGGCCUGGUAAGGGCAUUAGGAAUAUUUAGGCCUGGUAAGGGCAUUAGGAAUAUUUAGGCCUGGUAAGGGCAUUAGAAGUGUAGCACCAAACAAGUCUGUAUUCUUCAUUUGCUCCAAUAACAUCAAAUAUUUCUAGACUUCUUGUAGCUCUAUAUUGUUUUGAAUGGUCAAUGUUAUAUGGAUUGUACUGAAUUAGUUGUAUUACAUGGGUUGUGUUAUAUGGGUUGUGUUAUAUGGGUUGUUAUAUGAGCUGUGUUAUAUAGUUGUUGUAUGGGUUGUGUUUAAUUGUUUGUGCUAUAUAGGUUGUGUUUAAUUGGUUUGUGUUAUAUGGGUUGUUUUAUAUGGGUUGUGUUAUGUGGGUUUUGUUAUAUGGGUUGUUUUAUGGGUUGAGUAAUAUGGGUUGUGUUAUAUGGGUUGUUUUAUGUGUUGUGUUUAAUUGGGUUGAGUUAUAUGGAUUCUGUUUAAUUGGGUUGAGUUAUAUGGGUUGUGUUAUAUGGGUUGCGUUAUAUGGGUUGUGUUUAAUUGGGUUGUUAUAUGGGUUGUGUUAUAUGGGUUGUUAUAUGGGUUGCGUUAUAUGGGUUGUGUUUAAUUAGGUUGCGUUAUAUGGGUUGUGUUUAAUUGGAUUGUGUUAUAUGGACUGUGUUCAACUUAGCUAACCUUUAAAAUUUUGACAAUGAAUGUAUCUACAGAGGUGAUUGAGAGCGCCAUGUAUUUGUACAGAGCCACCAAAGAUCCAUACCUCCUGGAGAUUGGUGUGGACAUUGUGGAGACAAUUGAGCACAGUGCACGGACCAGUUGUGGCUAUGCUACAGUGAGUCCACAUUAUAACACAUCAUUAAGCUAAUCACUCAGGAAGACUGAUGUUUUAAAAACAGCCUAUUAUUGGGGACAUGUCUAAUUUUUAAAUACUUUUUGUGGGGGGAAAACGAAAUAUUCUCGACUCAUUUUUCAUGGUCUUUCUAGUGGCCGCUUUUCUUUCAGUUUCUUUUAAAUUGUUGUCUGGUUAUUUUUCCUAGUUCAACGAAGUUGUAACUGACAGAUCAUUGACUGACUAUCUUUUCAGUACAGUAGAGCCCUAUAAGAAACUCCAGAAAUUUAUUAAAAAUCAACCUUCCAUCCAUUCAUAAAAAAAAAUUCAGUGAUAAUUGUUGACAACAGAUAACGUUUCAAUUGAAUUAAGUCUUAAAUACGCCUUCUUAUUACAACCUUCAAAAUUCCCUCACUUCUCGCCACCCAAAAAAUGGGAAUGACUUACUUAUACAUAAUAUAUCACAGCAACCUUCUCAACUAUUGAUUAGACAUAGGACAUAUAAAAUAAAGCCAAUAAAAUUAAUUGAAUGAUUUAUUAUUUUGCAACUCCUAUUUUCCCUGAAGGUUAAAGAUGUGCGAGAUCAUCGCCUGGAGGACAGGAUGGAGUCUUUCUUCCUAGCCGAGACCACCAAGUACUUGUACCUCCUGUUUGACCCGGAAAACUUCAUCCACAACAACGGCAGCAGCGGGGACCUGAUCCACACCCCAGGCGGCAGCUGCGUCACCGAGGCCGGCGGUUACAUCUUCAACACAGAGGCCCACCCGAUAGACUUGGCCGCCGUCCACUGCUGCAGUGCGGUCAAGAAAGAGGAGGACAGGUUACUGCAGGAUUUCCACAACAACCUUGACAUAGUCACCUUGCUCAAUCUGUUUGACAGCGAUGACAGCAUUUGGUCAGUGAAAAAAGAAGCUGCCAAGAAAAGGAAAUCCCAAAAGAGGUCACAGGGUGCGAAUAGAGUGACUCAAGCUAUGGGCAGCAGUCCAACAAUGAGCGGCAUUGGUGACCUUGAAGUCGGUCAGGAUUUAGAUAGUGAAAGUCUUUGGGGCCUGGAGGAUGAAGAGUUUAAAAUUUGGUCAGAUAAAGAUUAUGAAAAUGAUGAUGGCGUGAAUGUGGACGAUGGGUCUGAAAGAAAAAGGCACCUUGAGGUCAUUGACAUGACCACCUUCACAGAAAUGGAGAGAAAUUUCACACAUGAUUUUAUGAAAGAACUUCAGAUCCAGUCUAUUUUGAAGCAUCUGUCCGGCCAGAUUGCUCAAAAGUUGAAACAGCAAUAUAAGGCAACAGCCUAUGAACUUUUGGCCAAUGAUGUUGCUGGAAAGAUAUUAAAAGCUGGAGAAGACCAAAGUCAAACUUUGUCUGAAAAUACCACUGAUGUGGGAACUUUGCCAGUACAGUCGACUGACAAGGGAAGCUUCUCAGAGCAAUCCGCUGACAGGGGGACCUCAACGGAACCAUCUACUGAUGAGGGAGCUUUAAUGGAACAAUCCACUGAUGGUAGGAUCCCUGUUGAUAUGAAGCCUGCUGAACAAGAGCAUCCAAAACAAGACAACGUUGCCUUAAAAGAUGUCAGUGUGGUUGAAAAUAAAAUAAGUCAGGAUCACACAACACUAGCUGAACAGCCGGCCACAGUUUCUGCCGACCAGCCGGCCACAGUUUCUGCCGACCAGCUGGCCACAGUUUCUGAACCAGAGGCUAACACUGCCUCACCAAAACAAGAUCAUGUCAUUGUCCAAAAUGACCUAAAUAAAGACAGCACGUCUCCUCACACUGUCAAAAUAACUCACCAGAUCAGCAUCGAAGCCAAUGGCAAUAAUGUUGUCAUUGUUCAUGUACCAAAGAACAAAGACGGAGAAGAAUCCAAUAGUUUAAGUGACUCUGCUUCCCACACAGUGGACCAAAGUGAAGCUUCUGAAAACACCAAAGAACUCAACGAAGUGACCGAAAGGUUCAAAUCUCAUAUAGACCUUCAAAUCCAGCAGGACGAUCAGAAAACGGAGGAUCAUGAGAAUUCCGCCCUAAGGGCCUUAAGUCCCCCCGGUACAGACAAAACGCCUUCACCUUUAGAGAUGAAAAGGAAUAACCUACUCUCAUUAACUAACAAACUUCUCAACAUUUUUUCUGGUCAGAAGGAAGAGAGUGGAAAAUCAGACGAGCCGUUUGAGGCAAGAGUUCCCAGCUUAUCCGGCCUGUACAUAUCUAUGGCCAACUACACGCUCCAUUACUUCCAUGAUCCUGCCAGUAUGCACUGUCCAUCUCAGACAUUCCACAGUAGGUUUUUUGUUUACGGUGAAACAUUUGAAGAGAAUUAAUUUACAAAUAUGAAUUCAUGUG